AAGGUACACUUACCGUCCGAUUUUUUGGGCGCUAAAUCACAUUAUCCGGGAUCUAUUCCUCCAUGAAAGUGCGAACCCACGUGUUAUAGCAAGGACGGUACUAGUGUACAUGGUUUACUACGUGCAUUGUGUGAUUUAUCGAGAUUGACACGUUAUGUAUCGUCAGGGGGCUGCUAGAGCUCCUGUUAGCCGUUGUGCUGGGAUCUUGAGCAGUGCACGUAGAUGGUUUUCACUAGCAACCGAAAGUGCUGAGAAGAAGUUGUUCACGCCAGGACCUCUGAACACGAGCGCUGCCACAAAACAAGCCAUGCUGAGAGAUCUCGGAUCUAGAGACGUCGAAUUUGUGCAGACAGUUGCGUUCAUUCGUCGAAAACUAGUAGAGCUAGCCGGUUUAUCGACCGACCUAUUCACAUGUGUGCCAGUGCAAGGCAGUGGAACGUACGCGUUGGAGUCAGUUCUAACGACGACUGUACCAAGACAAGGAGGCCGAGUGCUGGCGCUCACGAACGGCGCGUAUGGUGAACGGUCUGCGAGCAUCUGCCGAGUUCUCGGCAUCGAUGUUGAGGAGGUGAAAUUCCCUGAGGAUGAGACUAUUGAUGUGCAACGAGUCCGUGAUGUCGUGUCACGUGAUCAGAGUUUUACCAAUGUGAGUAUUGUUCAUUGUGAAACCACUUCAGGAGUUGUAAAUUCUGUAGAAGAAGUGGGUCGUCUGGUAAAGCAGAUGUUACCGAAUGCGGCUUAUUUUGUCGAUACAAUGAGUAGCUUUGGUGGUAUGCCACUUGAUUUGGAAGCUGCUCAAGUCGACUACAUGGUCAGUUCGUGCAACAAAUGUCUUGAAUCUGUUCCCGGUUUCUCAUAUGUCCUAGCCAACUCAAGGAAACUUCUUGCAUGCAAAGGCUGGUCGCGUAGUGUCAGUCUCGAUUUGGUGGCUCAGUAUAAUGGACUAGAAACAAAUGGUCAGUUCCGAUUUACUCCACCAACUCAUGCUAUGUUGGCUCUGAAACAAGCUCUUAAGGAAUUAGAUGUAGAGGGUGGAAUAGAGGCCCGGGCUAAGAGAUAUCAACAAAACAGGAAGGUUCUCCAAAUUGGGAUGGCAGAGAUGGGUUUCAAAGAGUAUUUGGACUCAAAUCAUCAAGGCUAUAUCAUUACUUCCUAUCGUUAUCCAUCACAUCCAAAUUUCAGCUUCAAUGAAUUCUACCAGCGCUUAAACAACAAAGGCAUGGUUAUUUAUCCUGGCAAGGUAACCAAAGCAGACUGCUUUCGAAUUGGCAACAUUGGACAUUUGUUUAGCACAGAUAUGGACCGUUUGUUGCUAGCUAUUCGAGAUGUGUGCAAAGAGAUGAACAUUGACUUACCCCUGCAACACUAA